CCAAUAUCUCAAGGAUCCUUGCAGAGCAAUGUCGAGAGGCUGACAAGGAUGGCAGACGGAUUUUUCUACGUAGCCAUCCCAGCUGAUGAAGCCAUGCGACAGGUCUACUUUCCUUCUCAAGUCACAGAGCUGAAUGACCUCAGCUUUAUCAGAGCAUUGCGAGCUGAACUUGGCAAGGAGGCCCUUGCCACAGAUGGUCUUCGCCAGAAGCUGCUUGAGGAGCUUGUCGAUUCUUCAAGAGUGGGCCCAAACCAACGCGCCACAGCAAACGCCCUCCAGAAGGACAUGCUCCAAGAAGAGGACAGGCUUCGAGAUGCGUUGCAGAAAGUCGACAACGAUCAGUUGGAAUUGCUUGCAUCCAUGCGGACUUUCAAGGUAAUUGCUCUUCGCAAUCCGACUCAAGACUCUGCAAAGAAGGGAGUAUUCCUCUAUCACGAAGAUACUCAAGAGGGGCCUGUGAACCAGCGGGCUACGAACCUUUGUCUGGCCGCAGGCUUUCCGCCACAGGACAUUCGAGGCACCUGCUUCCUAUCGCAAACAGAGGAUUUCUUUGAACGCGACUGUUUGAAACCAAUUUGGCGACGUUGCGACUUUACUCUACAGGAUUGCAACGAGAAUGCUCAGUGGUUCAAGGACGCCCGCCGUGCGCGCGAUGAGUCUGGCUUGAAGCAGAAGGAGGAUGCUGAGUGGUUUUCUGGAUUGAAGGAUGGUGGAGCUCCAAUGGCAGAGGGUGAUUCGGACUUGUAUGCUUGGAAGCAGACAAGUGAUGAAGUUGAAGUGGUUUUCCAUCCAGGACCAUUCACUGGCAUUCGAGCUACCAAGAAGGACAUUGUCGUGAAGUUCUCCAGAAGGAGCCUUUUUGUCAGACUGCGUGGCAGAGUACUCUGCCAGGAUGUAGUCUUGGCCGGAGAGGCUGAACGUGGAGAGAUUGCACAGAUGUCUAGUAUGUCAAAUAGUAUGUCCAACAUAUUCUAA